AUACGAUGCCGAAGGUGCGUAGAAGCCGGAAACAGCCUCCCGAAGGAUGGGAGUUGAUUGAACCUACCCUCGAAGAGUUAGAGCAAAAGAUGCGAGAAGCCGAAACGGAGCCCCAUGAAGGCAAACGAAUUACGGAGUCAUUGUGGCCGAUCUUCAAAAUACAUCACCAGAAGUCACGCUACAUCUACGAUCUGUUUUACCGCCGGAAAGCAAUCAGCAGAGAGCUUUAUGACUACUGUCUGAAGGAAAAAAUUGCCGACUCAAAUUUGAUUGCGAAAUGGAAAAAGUCGGGCUAUGAAAAUCUUUGCUGUCUACGCUGCAUCCAAACCAGAGACACAAACUUCGGUACGAACUGUAUUUGUCGCGUGCCGAAAUCGAAGCUAGAGGAAGGACGUGUCGUCGAAUGCGUGCACUGUGGGUGCCGAGGAUGCUCGGGAUGAAUCG